CCUGCUGUGCGAAGGGCACAAACCUGGCAGUGCACUAGGCUACUGCACGCCUCGUUUUCAACGUAGCCACAAAAUCGUAUUUUAGUCGCUUAGUUACUGACACCAAUGUAACGCUGGCGCCGCUGUACGAAUACAAUAUUUAGCUAAGCUACUCCAUUAUACAAAUAUGCAAUUUAUCAGUCAAUCGUGUAGACAAUAUUAGUUAACGGCAAACAUUAGCCGAUAUGGGCACAUUGGGCAGCGCCUGCUGUGGACUCGUGACUUUCAACAGGCAAUGCAUCUGUGUCUCAGAAUAUUCGACGAAAUCUAUUAUUUUUGCACAUUCAGUACAAAUUACAUACUUUCGUGAUUGUCGGUCGCCCAGUAUAACGUUUACAAGCUCUUCGCGCACUAACCUUUUCUACACAUUCCAACAUCCCACCAUGCACUAGCUUGGGUCCUUUGACCCGGUGCAUUGUGCUAAACAUCCGGGCUAAGUGCGGUAUUGUAGGGAAGAUGGCGGCUUUGGUCCUCCCUACAGACUGGAUCAAAAACUGGGAAAAAUCAGGAAAAAAUGAGUUUUUACAGUUAUGUCGGACUCUUGCAGACCAGCCUAAUGAUGACGUGAUGCUAAGAAACAUCCAGGCCGCCCUGUACGAGCUCUCCUGGCACGUCAUCCGUGGGAGCCUGAAGUUGGAGCUGGCGGCCAGCAGUCUGGGGGAUGUUGUGGAAUUACGUGAAGACAUGGCAUCCAUUUUAGCUGAUGUGUUCUGUAUAUUAGAUAUUGAGACUGCCUGUUUGGAGGAAAAAAACAAGCGAGACCAUUUUACUCAGCUGGUGGGAGCAUGUCUGUUCUUAGUGCCGGACGCGGUGCUGAAGGAGCGCCUGGACCCGGAGACGCUGGAGUCCCUGGGCCUCAUCAAGCAAGCGCAGCAGUUCAACCAGAAGAUCGUGAAGAUCAAGACCAAGCUGUUUUACAAGCAGCAGAAGUUCAACUUGCUUCGGGAGGAGAACGAGGGCUACGCCAAGCUGGUCACGGAGCUGGGACAGGACCUGUCGGGAAACGUCACCAGCCACCUCGUCCUGGAGAGCAUCAAGUCCCUGAUCGGGUGCUUCAAUCUGGACCCCAACCGCGUGCUGGACAUCAUCCUGGAGGUGUACGAGUGCCGCUGCGAGCAGGACGAGUUCUUCGUGCCCCUCAUCAAGUCGUACAUGUGCGAGCACCAGACCCUCUGCCACAUCCUGGGCUUCAAGUUCAAGUUCCAUCAGGAGCCCAACGGGGAGACGCCAUCAUCGCUGUACCACGUCGCUGCCACGCUUCUCCAGCACAACCUCAUCGAGCUGGAGGACCUCUACGUGCACCUGAUGCCCCCGGACUCCACCAUCGUGGAGGAGCACAAGGGCGAGAUCCUGGAGGCCAAGCAGAUCGCCCGCAAGCUGACCAUGGUGGUGGUGCCGUCCGAGAAGAGCGAGGACAAGGACAAGGAGAAGGAGAAAGAGGAGGAGAAAAACGACAAGCCCCCCGAUAACCAGAAGCUGGGUCUGCUGGAGGCCCUGCUGAAGAUCGGGGACUGGCACCACGCCCAGAGCAUCAUGGAGCAGAUGCCCGCCUUCUACGCCACCUCGCACAAGGCCAUCGCCGUGGCGCUGUGCCAGCUGCUGCACCUGACCGUGGAGCCGCUGUACCGCAGGGCCGGGGUCCCCAAAGGGGCCAAAGGGCGCCUGAUGAAGCCGCUGCGGAACAAGAGGGCCCCGCGCCCCGCGGAGGCGUUCGAGGACCUGCGGCGGGAGGCCUUCAGCAUGCUGGGGUACCUGGGCCCGCACCUCUCCCACGACCCCAUCCUCUUCGCCAAGGUGGUGCGGCUCGGCAAGGGCUUCAUGAAGGAGGUGAGGUCCCGCGCGGGUCAGCGGGCCCCCAACCGACCCGAAACCAGCCCCCAACCGACCCCAAACCGGCCCCCUACUGACCCCAAACCGGCUCCAAACCGGCCCCAAACCGACCCCCAGUUUCAGAAUGAGAACAGACAGGACCACAAAGAGAAAAUGGACACCUUGCUGAGCUGUUUCCUCAGCAUCGCGGAUCAGGUCCUGCUGCCCUCGCUCACCCUGAUGGACUGCAACGCCUGCAUGUCCGAGGAGCUGUGGGGCUUCUUCAAGCUCCUCCCCUACCAGCACAGGUAUCGGCUGUACGGCCAGUGGAAGAACGAGACCUACAUCGGCCACCCGCUACUGGUCAAGGUCAAAGCGCAGACCGUGGACAGGGCCAAAUACAUCAUGAAGCGCCUGACCAAGGAGAACGUGAAGCCUUCCGGACGGCAGAUCGGCAAGCUGAGCCACAGCAAUCCCACAAUCCUCUUUGACUACAUCCUGUCUCAGAUCCAGUGGUACGACAACCUGAUCACGCCGGUGGUGGACUCCCUGAAAUACCUCACCUCGCUCAGCUACGACGUGCUGGCCUAUUGCAUCAUCGAAGCCCUGGCCAAUCCCGAGAAGGAGAAGAUGAAGCACGACGACACCACCAUCUCCUCCUGGCUGCAGAGUCUGGCCAGCCUCUGCGGUGCUGUUUUUAGGAAAUACCCCAUCGAGCUGGCGGGCCUGCUGCAGUACGUGACCAAUCAGCUGAAGGCGGGAAAGAGCUUUGAUCUGCUGAUCAUGAAGGAGGUGGUGCAGAAGAUGGCCGGCAUUGAGAUCACGGACGAGAUGACGAUGGAGCAGCUGGAGGCCAUGACGGGAGGGGAGCAGCUCAAAGCGGAGGGUGGCUACUUCGGCCAAAUCCGGAACACCAAGAAGUCGUCCCAGCGCCUGAAGGACGCGCUGCUGGACCACGAGCUGGCCCUGCCCCUCUGCCUCCUGAUGGCCCAGCAGAGGAACGGGGUGGUCUUCUCCGAGGGCGGCGAGAAGCACCUCAAACUGGUGGGCAAGCUCUACGACCAGUGCCACGACACCCUGGUGCAGUUCGGCGGCUUCCUGGCCUCCAACCUGAGCACGGAGGACUACAUCAAGCGGGUGCCCCCCGUGGACGUCCUGUGCAACCAGUUCCACACGCCGCACGACGCCGCCUUCUUCCUGUCCCGCCCCAUGUACGCCCACCAGAUCCUGUCCAAGUACGACGAGCUGAAGAAGGCGGAGAAGGGCAACCGGCAGCAGCAGAAGGUGCACAAGUACAUGGCGGCGUGCGAGCUGGUGAUGGGGCCCGUGCACGAGGCCGUGGUGUCCCUGCACCUGCCCAAGGUGUGGGACGACCUGCGGCCGCAGUUCUACGCCACCUUCUGGUCCCUCACCAUGUACGACCUGGCCGUGCCCCACAGCGCCUACGACCGCGAGGUCAACAAGCUCAAGGUGCAGAUGAAGGCCAUCGACGAGAACCCCGAGAUGCCCUUGAACAAGAAGAAGAAGGAGAAGGAGCGGUGCACGGCGCUGCAGGACAAGCUGCAGGAGGAGGAGAAGAAACAGCUGGAGCACGUCCAGAGGGUCCUGCACCGGCUUAAACUGGAGAAGGACAACUGGCUGCUGGCCAAGUCCACCAAGAACGAGACCAUCACCAAGUUCCUGCAGCUCUGCCUCUUCCCGCGAUGCAUCUUCUCAGCCAUCGACGCCGUGUACUGCGCCCGAUUUGUGGAGCUGGUGCACCAGCAGAAAACCCCCACUUUCUGCACUCUGCUCUGCUACGACAGAGUGUUCUCUGACAUCAUCUACACGGUGGCCAGCUGCACGGAGAACGAGGCUCGGCGGUACGGGCGCUUCCUGUGCUGCAUGCUGGAGACGGUGACCCGGUGGCACAGCGACCGCGCCAUCUACGAGAAGGAGUGCGGCAAUUACCCAGGGUUCCUCACCAUCUUCCGAGCGACGAGCUUCGACGGCGGGAACAAGGCGGACCAGCUGGACUACGAGAACUUCAGACACGUCGUCCACAAGUGGCACUACAAGCUGACUAAAGCCUCCGUGCACUGCCUGGAGACGGGCGAGUACACGCACAUCCGCAACAUCCUCAUCGUGCUGACCAAGAUCCUGCCCUGCUACCCCAAAGUGCUGAACCUGGGCCAGGCCCUGGAGUGCCGCGUCCACAAGAUCUGCCAGGAGGAGAAGGAGAAGAGGCCUGACCUCUAUGCGUUGGCUAUGGGCUACUCAGGGCAGUUGAAAGGCAGGAAAGUGCACAUGGUCCCCGAGAACGAGUUCCACCACAAGGAGCAGCCGGUGCGCAGCGCCACGCCCGCCAGCCUGCAGAACGGCCCGGGCAGCGCGGGCAAACCCGCUCCUGCCGCCGCUAACGCCGGCAAGCCGGACGAGGGCGCCGCCGACGACGCGGAUAAGUCCAAGGAGAAAUCUCAGGGCCUCGUGAAACCCGCCAGCAAAACCAACAACGCGACGACCAAAGUGGCCACCAGCAACGGGAGCAGUGCUCCUAGCAGCAACAAAAACAUGAAAGAGAAGGAAGACAAAGAGAAAAGUGGGAAGGAGAAGAAGGAGAAGAAGGAGAAGACGCCCGGCAGCACCCCCGAGGCCAAGGCCGGCGGGAAGGAGAGGCAGAAGGAGGAGCGGUCCGCCAAGGACGAGAAGACGCGCGACGGCAAGGAGAAGACGCCCAAGGCCGACAAGGACAAGCCCAAGAAGGACGAGAAGAGCAAGGAGGACAAGGCCAAGACCGGCGGCGGCGGCGGCGGCGCGUCCGACAAGGAGUCCUCCAAGGAGCGAGACGUGGCCAAGGAGAACUGCAAGGGAGAGAAGAACGCCCAGGCUGGGUCCUUGAAGUCGCCCGUUCCCAGGUCCGACGCGGCCGAGACCGAACGGGAACAAAAGAGACGAAAGCUGGACACCCACUCUUCGCCGUCACACUCCUCCGCGGUUAAGGACAGUCUCAUCGAACUCAAGGAUUCCGCCUCAAAGCACUACGCCAACCACAACACAGCCACACAGUCCAAAAGCAAAGAGACGGAGACCGACAAGAAAGACUCAGAGAAAUCCAGAGCCCGCUCCAAAGAAAAAGAAAAGAAAGACGACAAAGACAGGAAGGACAGAAAACGAGACUACUCGAACAGCGACCGCGAGAUGAGUCAGGAACUGAAGCGGAGGAAAGACGAGAACGGAACGAGCUCCUCCAAACACAACAAGAGCGCCAGCCCGUCCGACUCCCCGCGCUCCAACGACAAGGGCAAGAGCUCCAAGUCCUCCAGCAAGGAGAAGGGAGACCUGACCAAGGCCCAGAAAAACUCUUCAGCAGGCAAAAAGGAGUCCAGGCAUGACAAAGACAAGUCUGAAAAGAAAGAGAAGAGGGACAGCACGGGGGCGAAAGAAGACAAGAAGCACCAUAAAUCCUCAGACAAGCACAGAUGAUGCCCGCUGACGCAGCAAAGAAUUCUCUGCUGUGGGCUGCAACACGCUAGGGAACUGCUUUCACCCACCACACGCGUACCACACCAGCUUUUAAUUUCCCCGUUUCCCCCCCUACAAUCACCAUCUAAAAAGAGGACCCAUCGAAAUAUCUAAGAAAUAUGCCUGCAUAGACUUUUUUUUUGUUGUACUGCCUAGAUAUGUUCUAGUCCUUGUGUUUAAACUUGCCAUUUUGGUUUUCUUACUGUGUAUUUUCAGUAACCAGCUGAAAGUCUCUUUAUUUUGAAUAUUAGCACAAUGUGCUGAUCACAUGAGUGUAAUUUGAAUACAAACAGGUAUUGAACUCCCCCUCUUCCUGUCUUCAGGCCUGCGUAAGUUUGUCUACCUACUUUCUCAAGUAAAACAUCAGAGGGUUUUUUUAGUCAGGCUUUUUUAAAAGAAAAAAAAAUGCAAUUAAUACCUUUAGCAUCUCUGCAUUUACCUCAAUUAGAUCGCCAUUUUUAUUUAUUUUGUUCUCCUUUUAAUCCACGUUCGUGAUAUUUAGGCAUAGAUAUUUGGAACAAUACAAAUGGUCUAUUUGUAUAUUAUGUACACAAUAAUAAAAAUGGUUUCAUGUAAAAUCCUUAUGUUACACUCAUUUCAGAUGUCCCUCGCUGAAUGUUUUUUUUUCUUCUGUAUGCGUGUUAAUCACGUUUUUAAAAUGAUUUGUAUAAAUUGAAAAAUCUGCAUUUCCUCAUGAGGCAAAUGGAUGGACUGUAAAACUUGGGAAGCUUUGUACCGCAAAACAUUAGUCACACAAACUUUCAGAGCGACUUUUUGGAGUUUUUAAUCUGCUGUAUUCUGCCAGUGUAUGCUUUUUUUCUAAAUAAAUGAUAGUUUUCUUAGUGGGUCAUAAAUAA